UAGAGGUUGUAAGAGAGCAGCCCGGCCAUCUUGGAUUCCGGGGUCUGCAUUCAGUAAAGAUGAAUCGCGGCUCAAUGGACAAAUUUUCGAUCCCGAAUCAACUAAGGGAAGUUCUUCUGGACUUCACAAUCAACUAUCUACUAGAACAGCCACCAGACUUACUCCAGUUCGGCGUCGACUUCUUUACCAAGCUGCGAGAUUCGCGGACUCAAAUUAAGAUCGACGGGUCACCUGAAGAGUCCCUGGUCUCUGGGGAUGAAGAAGUGGAGCCUCCAGUGGGCAGAUUCUCCACCAGACGUAAAUCAGUAUUUGCCGAAACCUACAACCCGGAGGAGGACGAUGAAGAGGAAGGGGUGCGGGCUGUUUACCCAAAAUCAGACGAGCAGAGGCAACGUCUUGCCGAUAGUGUUAAAAAUAUCCUUCUAUUCAGAGCAUUAGACCCGGAGCAAAUGCAAGACGUCUUGGAUGCCAUGUUUGAACGUCGAGUUCAGCCAAACGAAUAUGUCAUCAAGCAGGGAGACGAUGGCGACAACUUUUACGUCAUCGAGUCGGGCACCUACCUGACCUUUGUCAAAUCAGACGGAGACGCAGAACCAAAGGAAGUGUACAAGUACGAAGGCAGCGGCUCAUUUGGUGAGUUGGCCCUGAUGUACAAUAUGCCGAGGGCGGCCACAAUCCAGGCAGCUUCGGAAGGCUCUCUCUGGGCCAUGGACAGGCAAACCUUUCGCCGAAUCCUGCUCAAGUCUGCAUUCAGGAAGCGCAAAAUGUACGAGAGCUUGAUUGAGUCUGUGCCAAUGCUGAAGGCUUUGGAGAUGUACGAACGCAUGAAUUUGGCCGAUGCCCUUGUCCCGAGGAGUUUUGGCCCUGGGGAGGUCAUCAUCAGGCAGGGAGACGCCGCCGACGGCAUGUUUUUUGUCGAGGCGGGUGAAGUGAGCAUCACAGUAGCUGAAGGAGGAAACGAGGCAGAAGUGAACCGCGUCCAGAAGGGCGGCUACUUCGGAGAACUUGCCCUGGUCACCCACCGGCCAAGGGCGGCCACGGCUGUGGCUGUAGACUGCGUCAAGCUUGCUUUCUUAGAUGUUGAAGCGUUCGAGCGACUGUUGGGACCGUGCAUGCAGAUCAUGAAGAGGAGCAUUGAGGAUUACGAGAGCCAGCUGGUGCGCAUCUUCGGCUCCAAGGCAGAUAUCAGCGAUGUUCGAUGAAGCCCCUCGACCUUGAGAGAAGACCAUGAGUAGAUCCCCUCACAACGGCACAAACAUUCCAGGGGCGAUUUUGACGUGAUACUGAAAUAGAGACUCUCUCUAGUCCACAUUCCCACUCACACUGAGCUGCAGCUUAUUAUUGUCUUUUCCCUCUUUGUUGUCAAAUGAAUGUGCUACCAAUCAAACAAAAUAAAUAUAUCUGAAUGUUGACAAGUGGUGCUAAUUUUAUUUAACAAAAAAAGUAUUUUCCAGCCGUUUGGAGCUCACUGUGCUCGUUUUAUUGUGAAGUUUUGUAAUUUUAUCCCCCUUAGGACUACCUAAUUUCAAACCGUAACUGGUGUAAUGCUUUAAAUCAAAAUAAAUGUUUCUUCAUGUGA